CCGCGACCGACCCGGAAGCUGCUCGGUUCUGCUGCCCUGACCGACUCUUCCAGCUCCUCCUUCAUUCAUUGAGUCACCAUCUAGGAAGGAUGGUGGUUCCCCGCCUCUAGGAGCCAGUCACUUGUUACCUGCCUUUUAUUACAGCCAUCCUGGAGUGGGGGAAAUGGUAUCUCCUUGCGGUUUUGAUUUUCAUUUUCCAGAAAGCUAACAUAAAGCUGUCUUGCGCACUCGAUUUUAAAUGGCAACCCCUCCAAUCCUACUACCUACCCGCCUCCCUACUUUAUUUUCUAUAGCACUCGCCCUACACCUGACAUACCGUGCAUAUUUCCCUUGCUUGCUGAACGUUUGUCUCCUGCCCCAGGGGGAAAUUCCAGGAGAGCAGGAGUUUUGUUCUGUGCUGUAUUCUCAGUGCCUAUAGGAGCGGUUACCACAUGUCCCCCUGCCCUAGACAGGACCCAGAUUUAAAUCCACCCAUUACCAGCAGUGUGACCUUGGCAAGUCACCUUCUCUAAGACGACUUGUUCACCUGUGAAAUGGGAUGAUGAGACGAAAUUCUACAGCCUUAAGGGCAUUAGUGGAAUAAUCCUAUUCAGUAAAUGGGCACAGGGCAGGUACUCACCGCUUCUUUCCUCUUCCUCUGUUUACCCUCCCUUCAAACACACACAUGGUCCUUCUCAGGGACCACAGCCAACUGCUGGGCGCCGCAGAAGCAUGUGAUUUGGAAUCAGAGAAUGAAGUUGAGACUUGCUUUGCCACUCCCUAGCUGGGUGGCACUGGGCAAGUCACUUGCGUCUCUGAGCCCAGGGUUUCUCAUCUGUAACAUGGGAACUGUACCCCUUGACCUAGCUCACAGCACUGUUAUACUAAUUCAAGAGAGGGCCUCAUUCAUGGGAAUUUUCUAGUCAGGCUGGCGCUUCUGUUUACCACCUGUGGGAGGAGGCACUCCCAGAGCUGAAAACGCAGUCCUCUGUGGAGGCCCUGGUGUUUCUACCCGGAAUGGCUGGAAUGCAAGUCAACAGAGAUUAACGAUUGUAAAGGAAUAUCCCAGGCGCGGGAACUGACAGUAGCGCCCUCCUCCCGGGGCCGGGCGCCCCCUUGCGGAGCUGUGGCGAGCUGCAGCUGGGGGCCGGCUUCCUCCUCGCGCCCCGCCCCGCCUCUCGGCCCCGCCCCCCUUACCACGCCCCUCCCGUGGGCUGCGCGGCGGGAUGCGUGUGGGGCUGGGCGGCCGCGAGUGGGAGGUGGUGCCCGGGUGGCUGCGCGCACCAUGGGGAACAAGCAGACCAUCUUCACUGAGGAGCAGCUGGACAACUACCAGGACUGCUCAUUCUUCAAUAAGAAAGACAUCCUCAAGCUCCACUCGCGGUUCUAUGAGCUGGCCCCCAACGUCGUCCCCAUGGACUACAGGAAGAGCCCGAUCGUCCAUGUGCCCAUGAGCCUCAUCAUCCAGAUGCCAGAGCUCCGGGAAAACCCCUUCAAAGAGAGGAUCGUGGAGUCCUUUUCCGAGGACGGUGAGGGGAACCUGACCUUCAACGACUUUGUGGACAUGUUCUCCGUGCUCUGCGAGUCGGCUCCCCGAGAUCUCAAGGCCAGUUAUGCCUUCAAGGUCUACGACUUCAACACCGACAACUUCAUCUGCAAGGAGGACCUGGAGACCACGCUGGCCAAGCUCACCAGGUCGGGGCUGGAGGAGGAGGAGGUGGUGUUCGUGUGCAACAAGGUCAUCGAGGAGGCCGACCUGGACGGCGACGGCAAGCUGGGCUACGCUGACUUUGAGGACAUGAUCGCCAAGUCCCCCGACUUCAUCAGCACCUUCCAUGUCCGAAUCUGAGGACACUGCUGAGGUCGCAGGGGCCCGGAAGCCCACCAUCCGGCUCUGCUGUCUACAUGCAAGUGACCUCCAAACAGGACAGGAGUUAUGGCCUCUAGGGUCCACCCGUGAACAUUUCCUUGGCCCUUUCAGCAAAAAAUCCUUAACCAGGGAAGGGGGUUGUGAGGCGCAGGCCCUUCCCAGGCCCCCCUUUGGUCUGGCCCCAGGGCCCACAGCCCCUCCAUGGCCUUCCCUCUGUCCCCUGACCUUGCCCUGUACCCCAGUACUCUCCCCACUAGAACGGCCCCCUGAAAGGGGAAGGAGGAAUAGCUAACGGGCAGGGGGUACUGACUUGUCCACGUGCUGGAAACACACCCUGGCCAGCCAAGGCAAAGUGGGGAAAAAAGAGGAUGAGAUCAAGGAGUUAUGCAAUCUUUCUCCAACCCCAUGGCUGGGGACAGCCUGCCCCCCCCCACCCUUCCCAACAUGAAGCUGUGUGAACAGCGGGUCCCAGGGCUCGGUCCCUCUCUCUGCCCUCUCUGUGUACUAUCCACAAACGUGUGAACUCCUGCUAGUAAAACACUUUCCUGUCCCCAUG